AUGAAGCUGAAUCCACGAGUCAGCGACCUUGCUAUAUACGAUGUGCGGGGUGCACCUGCUUAUAAGUCACCAGGCGUGGCGGCUGACAUUGGUCACAUCAACACCAAAAGCACGGUCACUGGCUAUGUCUUGGAACAACUCUCCGAUGCUCUCAAGGGUGCAGAGGUUGUCAUUAUACCUGCCGGAGUCCCGCGGAAACCUGGAAUGACUCGAGACGAUCUCUUCAACACCAAUGCCUCCAUUGUCCGAGACCUUGCCAAGGGUGUAGCCCAAUCAGCUCCUGAAGCCAAUGUGCUCAUCAUCUCGAACCCGGUGAACAGUACCGUGCCAAUUACCGCAGAAGUGUUCAAGUCAAUGGGUGUCUACAAUCCCAAGCGCCUUUUCGGUGUCACAACCCUCGAUGUCGUCCGUGCUAGCAGAUUCAUCUCUCAACAUAAGGGCUCGGAUCCUGCAGACGAGAAUAUUACUGUUGUUGGUGGCCAUUCUGGUGCAACGAUAGUUCCCCUACUCAGUCAGUCUGGAGAGUCGCUUUCCGGAGAAGCGCUUGACACCUUCAUUAAGCGCGUGCAAUUUGGUGGUGAUGAGGUCGUCAAGGCGAAAGAUGGCACAGGCUCAGCAACUUUGUCGAUGGCUAUGGCCGGUGCUCGCUUUGCUGAGUCUCUACUGCGCGCUGCGCAAGGAGACAAGGGUAUCAUUGAGCCUACCUUUGUCGACAGCCCACUUUACAAGAGCGAAGGCAUUGACUUCUUUGCAAGCAAGGUUGAAUUAGGACCGAACGGUGUUGAGAGUAUCUUGGAGGUAGGAAAGAUAACGCCAAAGGAGCAAGAACUGCUGGAUGUAUGUAAGCAGGAUUUGAAGAAGAAUAUCGAUAAAGACCAAUGUAGACUCCCAUACGUCUGGACCGAGGAAGACUCUUCUCAAGAGGCACCUGCCUUCCCCCAGUUCGUAUGA